CAGCGAAAUCUCCACCAUGCGACGCCAUGCGGGCCUGGUGCUUGUUGCCCUCGCGGUGGGUCUCGCUGUGGCUGGCUACGCCUUGCUUUCAUCUUCACGCCCUUGGAAGGAGCGACAGCUGCAGUCAAAGCCGAAAUCCGUUGAUGCCGAACACUCGAUUUCUCCGAUGGAACCCAUGGAUAUUUUGAAGAGAACCAUGGGGCUCCAGUUUCUACCGUCCAUAGGUCUGCUUGAAGAAAUCCAUCGAGACAAACUCACUGGCCUGCAAGGAUUGCUUCCAGGUCCCUGCUUCGGCCAAGAGCUGCAAAGAUACAUCCGAAACACGUGGCAGCACACAGUUGGCAUGUUCUGCGACCUGAUCAACUUCAUCACUUCCCACUGGGUGGUCUUUUCAGUGUGCUCUGGGAUCUUGGCCUCCAUGGGUGCAGCUUUGUACUUCGCCAAGCUGCGCUGUAACCCAUAUGAAUACACAAUAGUGAACCUAUUUGAUGAGGACUGUGCAGAUGAGAAGGUGGACAAGUUCAUGUCACAAUUGGAGGUCGCCUGCACCCUAUUGCUGUGGUUGUUCGACAUGGCAUCAGACGUCUACGUCAUCAUUGUUUACAUGCAGGAUGGAAUGUACGUGUUUGCAUCCUUGCUGACGGCCAUUUGGGUCACCAGCGGGUUCGUGGCCUUUGUGCAUCGUCGCCUCAGCUGGGAAAGGUGCAACAUCUGGGAACCUGGCUGGGCUGCUGGAUUGAACGCAGAAGGGGAACCAAAACCAGGGGGCAAACUGUUUUUCCUAUACAUACUGCAGUUGCAACCCGUUUUGAUCGCCAUCAAAGCGUGUUCCACUGGAAUGUCGCAAGAGUUGAAGGAGGAAAAGGCCUUGACCGCCUUGUGUGAGGGCGCGCCUUCCGCUCUCCUGCAGGUGUACGCCUUGCUUGUGGAAGGCCCAAAGGGGAACCCUGCAAUUCUUUGCCUGUCAGUUGUUUCUUCAAUAUGUACUGUGGCAGUCGGCCUCAACAACAGCUACGAGGUUUUCCUGGCACCAGGAGAACGUCAGCAACAAGGUAAGCUGCAGGGAACGUUCCUAACAGGUUUUCGGGCGUGCGAUUUCUUCGCGCGAAUCGGCGUUUGGGCAUUUUUGGGUGUUGCCCUUCGCCCAACUGAGACAAAGCAUCACGGUGUGCAACAACCAUACCUCCCGUUUCUCGUGGUGGCUGAGUUGUUGCUGAUCAGCGUUUUGUUGAAGGUGAACUUGAAGCUGAAGACUUGGUGGGGUCUGCUGGAGAAGCAAACCUUCAUUGGUGUGAUGCAGGCCUUUUUGGGCACCUUUUGGUCCUGCCACGGCAAAAACCUAUUGAGGCAACAUCGACUUGCUCGAGCAUUGCUGAUGCUGCGCACUUUGCAGGUGGUGGCUACUUUUUGGCUGCUUGCGUUGGUUUACUCCCGAGGUGAGUGCAGUCUAGCAGCCCAGCCAGUAGUGGUGUUGCUGGCCUUGGCGACCAUGGGGGCCUUCACAUUGACUUUCCUGGUGGUAGCAGCGGAUGAGAUUGGCAUGGCAUGGUUUGCCGUAAAUUUCUUCCCUCUCUCUUCAGGGUGGCGAGGUGGGAAGUUGGAGUUGGCAGCCAGAUAUGGCGUGGUCCCACGGGUGGAACAUCUGCUCAGGGAGCCAAGCGAUUUUUCAGAGGAGGAUCGGGUGGCAUCAUUUUGCCAAGCCGCAGAGGCUGGCCACAUCUCCGUGCUCCAUACCUUCGUCAAAUUCGGGGUGUCUCUAGCAGCCAUGUGGAAAGGCCAUGCGGCCGCACAUCAUGCAGCCGCAGAAGGACGUAUGGACGUGAUUGAGGCCCUGCAGGCUCUUGGAGCCAACCCUAUGGAAGCAUGCGACGACGAUGGCCGCAGCUGUGUUUUCAUCGCAGCCGCCUACGGCCAUUUGGAUGUGGUGUUGGCUCAGAAGGAGGCUGGCUGCGAUGUGGACAAGGCCCGGAAAGAUGGCAGGAACGCUUUAUUUUUACCAGCCGAAUAUGGCUACCUGGAUGUGGUGAUGGCCUUGAAGGAGGCUGGCUGCGAUGUUCACAAGACUGACAGCGAUGGCUUGACGCCUCUGUUCCUCGCAGCCAAAGCUGGCCACCUCCAUGUUGUUUUAGCCCUGUUGGAGGCCGGCUGCGACGUGGACAAGACAGAAAAGAAUGGCUGGACCCCGGUUUCCAUCGCAGCACGCUCCAACCACCUACACGUGGUGAAGGCUUUGAUGGGGGCAGGUUGCGAUGUGGAUAAGGCCGACAAGUAUGGCCGCACCCCUAUUUGCAUCGCAGCCGAAAACGGCCAUCUAGAUGUUGUAAAGGCCUUGCAGGAAGGCGGCUGCGAUAUUGACAAGGCCGACAACAUUGGCAGGUACCCUUUCUUGAUUGCGGCCGAAAAUGGCCAUGUGGAUACGGUCAAGGCCUUGAAGGAGGCCGGCUGCGCUGUAAACAAGGCCGACAAGUAUGGCUUGACCCCAAUGCACAUUGCAGCCCGCUAUGGCCGUCUGGAAGUGAUGAAGGCCUUGCAGGUGGUUGGCUGUGGCAUGGAGAUGGCUUUGCAUCAUGCACUUCUAGGAAAUGCUGCGCAUAUUUUGGCCACAGUGGAGUUCUUGCUCGCCAUAGUGGAUGUGAAUGCAGGCAUCGGCGGCGCCCGACCUCUUGACAUUGCGCACGAACGACAUCCCAACAGCCCAGUGCUUGAUGCUUUGGUGAAAGCAGGUGCAGUCGCCGGCCCACGACCUCAGCUGGUUGGCCUCACGGCCUUGAAGCCACGCGCUGCACCGCCACAUGCCUUCCGUUUCUUCACUUGCGGGUUGCCGGACUUGGCCCAGAGCAGCGGGAAAUUUUACUAUGAGAUCCAGCUCCUCAGUGAUUUUCGAGCCGCUCAAGUUGGUUGGCUGACCCCUGACUUCCAGGCAGGAGAGUUUGAUGGCAAGGGUGUCGGGGAUGAUCAGAAUGGCUGGGCCUUUGAUGGCCGAGGCUGCAAGAUGUGGCACAAUUUCACUGGAUGUGAAGCCUUGGCGAUGAAGGAGUGGGAGGUGCAGGAUGUCCUCGGGUUUGCCAUUGAUCUAGACGCAGGCGAGAUACAACUCCGACGAGGGCUAGCAGAACAACCUAUAACUAUGCCCUUCCAAGCCCACCGAAAACAGAUGUACCCUGCCGUGUCCAUCAUUGGACUUUUCCGCAUGCAUGUGGCCAAGAGCAGUUGGAAGCUCCAAGCUCCUGAAGGUUUCGAAGAAUGGGGUCGUGGAGAUUUCGCGUGGACGGUUUGAGCUAAGAAAGUGGAUUCAGCGUUGAACGCCUCCAAAGGAGGUCAGGCCGAGAUUAGAUGACCCAAGAUAUGUUUCACUUCACCCAUGUUUCACCCUGAGAUUGUUGGCAACUCCUUAAAUUAAGCGUGUUGCGUUGAACCAUCAGUAUGCUUUUCGCACUGCAGAUAGGCCACAAGGCACGCUGCGGCGAGCAUCAGCGGUUAAUGUCCAAUGACUUUCAAUUGGAAGCUCCAGCCACCUCGAAGGUAAAACGAGUGAGGUCAUGGAGGCUUCGCCUGGGGUGGUUGCCCUAUAUGUAGUCAGGUCAAACUAAUUAGCUGUU